UUUUUAAACAGGGAUUAUGUAGUGUCUGGCAACCCCGUUUAUGCUGUAACUGGUUGUUCAGUACCUGUGGGGGGAGGAAGGACAAGCACUCAGACACUGGAGAAAUACACCAGUAGCUGCCCUGAGGUCUGAUAUUACCAUGUCUCACAGCGACGAGGGAUAUGUGGUGCGCAUCCGAGGCUUACCGUGGUCAUGUACCCAGGAGGAAGUGGCCUCCUUUUUUUCUGACUGUGAUAUUGUAGGUAAAGUGAACGGGGUGUGUUUCACCUUCUCGAAGGAGGGCAGGCCCAGCGGCGAGGCUUUCAUUGAACUAAAAACAGCUGAGGACUUUAAAAAAGCCCUCUCAAAAGAUCGCAAAUAUAUGGGUCAUCGAUAUAUUGAAGUGUUCAAGUCAAACCGCAGUGAAAUGGACUGGGUGCUGAAACGCUGUGGCCCGACAGAUUAUGACAGCAGCAGCGGCUGCAUGCUGAAGCUCAGAGGACUGCCUUUCGGCUGCAGUAAGGAGGAGAUAGUUCAGUUCUUUUCAGGGUUGAAAAUCGUGCCAAAUGGGAUUACAUUGCCGAUGGACUACCAGGGGAGGAGCACAGGGGAAGCCUUCGUGCAGUUUGCCUCAAAGGAGAUAGCAGAAAAAGCUCUGGGGAAACACAAGGAAAGAAUAGGGCACAGGUACAUAGAAAUAUUCAAAAGUAGCCGAAAUGAAAUCCGUGCAUACUACGACGUCCCGAGGAGAAUGAUGGGACAGAGACCUAGCCCCUACGACAGACCAGUGAUGGGCCGUGGAGGCUUCUUUGGUCCUGGUCCUGGAAGAGGAGGUGCUGUUCUGGAGCAGAUGCGCAGUGGAAGUAGUUACAGUGGUGGUUAUGGUGGUUUUGACAAUUACAAUGGUUUUAACAACUACUGCUUCGGUAAUGGAAUGUUUGAAGAGCGUGCCAGAGGAGAACGAGGUGGAAGAGGAGUGGGAAGCCAGGGUUAUGGUGGAGGGGACUCAGGCUCAGGCUUUCACAGUGGACAUUUUGUGCACAUGAGAGGACUUCCGUUCCGUGCAACAGAGUCAGACAUAGCCAGUUUCUUUGCACCACUGCAUCCAGUCCGUGUGCACAUUGAUGUCGGACCAAGCGGCAAGUCCACAGGAGAGGCAGAUGUAGAGUUUGCCACACAUGAAGAUGCUGUAUCAGCCAUGUCAAAGGACAAGAAUCACAUGCAGCACCGCUAUAUAGAGCUUUUUUUAAAUUCAACCUCCAGCGGAGCAUCUGAAAUGGGUCGUGGAGGCGGCAGUUACUAUGGCAACUCUGGGGGCAUGGGCUCCCGAGGAAGCGGGCCAAGGGGCAUGUAUUGAAGAUACCGUUUUACAAGAAAAUUUUCACCGGGAAGGUUUUUUUUUUUUUUUUUUUUUUUGUAUAAAGGUGUUUUCACAAAUUCGUAGAAAACUGAAGCUGAAUAUUUUCCAGUCAGAGUGGAAUUUAAAGUAUAAAUGAAGUAUAUAAAUAAUUAUAUAUAGGUCGACCAGCUACUGUACAUUUUGCUUAAUUUUAUAUCUGAUUCUUCUGUGUUUGUUUUAUUAGUGUUGAUUUAUGAUGUUAUCUACGUAGCUCUGCAAUCUCAGAGGACACUGUGAUGGGCUGCCAUCUUUUAAGAUCUGUAAGCCUUUUUUCCCCCAGCAAUGAAUAUUAUUUGGCUGUUAAAUUUUUUUCUUAGAUAGUUAUGUUAAAUGCAGAGUUCCUAUUUGAAUUAUUGCUGUUCAAAUGAUCAUUGCUGGCCAUUACAUUUAAAACUUCCAAUGUUUAAAGUAUUGCUUUCAGAAUAAACAUUUGUACAUUUGUUUUGUGUUCAGUCAUUGCAAAUCUGUGAAUCCGUGUGAGACCUUUAAGGUUGCUCUCUUUAGGGAUGUCAGGAACUUUUCACUCCUAAUCUGAUGUAUACUAUUUGUGUACCCAUGAUACAAAUGUCUGAAAUUAAAGAAUGUUUAUUUGAUCAAU